ACCCCCACCCUUUUGGCUAGCCAGUCUACACACCCCUUCAGCUCCUCCUUGAUUCAAAUGUUAGGUCAAGAGGAAGAAGGAAAACAAAUACAAGAGUUGCUCUUAAGCGUCUAGAAUUUUCUGUAUCCCAUCUCUUAAGAGACUGGCCCCAGAUCUGACUCAGUCCACUCCAAGCUAAACUCUCCUCUCAAAGCAGCAUUUCUUGAGCCUUUGGAUUAAACUGGAAGAAAAAUCCACAGGUAUUGUGGUCUCUGAGGGAAACAGGGGCUGACAACUGGCAAUAAAAACAGAAAGAUGGCAAGCGUGAGGCCCAGGACUCAAGCAGAUCCUGAAAUUGAGCUUUUUGUGAAGGCUGGGAGUGAUGGGGAGAGUAUCGGAAACUGUCCAUUCUGUCAACGCCUUUUUAUGAUUCUCUGGCUUAAAGGAGUUAAAUUUAGUGUGACUACUGUUGACAUGACCAGGAAGCCUGAAGAGCUGAAAGACUUAGCUCCAGGUACCAACCCUCCCUUCCUGAUAUAUAAUAAGGAGCUGAAAACAGAUUUCAUUAAAAUUGAAGAGUUUCUAGAACAGACGCUGGCUCCUCCAAGUGAGGGUGUACAUCGUGACAGGAGUGAAUGGGCAGAAAGAACUGCCUGCUACAUAGUUGCUGCCAAGAAAUACCGUGAUUUUGACAUUCCACCAGAAUUCUCAGGCGUCUGGCGCUAUCUCCACAAUGCUUAUGCCCGCGAAGAAUUUGCCCAUACAUGCCCUGAAGAUAAAGAAAUUGAAAAUACUUAUGCAUAUGUGGCUAAACAAAAGAGUUAAGACAACUCUUUCAGGAGAAAAAGCUCUUUGUAAUCAAUUUUCACUUUCUACUGUAUUAGAAACAUUUUUGAAAUACUAAUAUGGAAAGUACUAUUUCCUUUAUCCAAUUCAUUUAUGAAAAAUAAUUUAUAUAUAUAUGCAUUUUCUAUACUAGUUAGCCAUAAACAAUCUAUCCACUUUUAUUUUAUAUAUCUUCAUUUUGUACUCUAUCUCCUUUAUUCCUAUGGCAAACCACUGCAAUAUUGAAUGACAUGGAAAGCAUCGAGAUCUUUUGUCCUUUACUUAGGUUCCUAGAAUGCAUAAUGUUUGAGUUAAACAUUCCUGAAGUUACAAAUGAUAUAAGUAGAGCCACAAUCUCAAGCUAUUAUUUAGAAAUGAUUCCAUCCAAAUCAUAAUAAUUUGACAUUUUGUUAACUGAAUAUACAUGAGUCUAUUUCUGAAAUAAUGAAAUUAGACUGAGUAUCAGAGAGGCAAAUUUUAAAAUCAUUAGAGAUUAAGAUUAAUUGGUCAUAGAACAGCAUUCAAUGCCUACAAAUAUAGUCACAUUAUAGUCAGAGGUGAUGAUAUUGACUUUGUGACCAGAUUAUGUUAUUAGUAAGUAUUCAUUGUAUGAAAGACAAAAUCAGAAGCAAAUGGACAGCAAAGCUGUAAAAUCGAUUGGAUCUUUAUUCAUAGAAAUAAGCAGGAAACUAAGAAAGUUGGCUAAUCAAAAGGUCUUAUUGUUGUCCAUUAAAUGAGAAGGCACUUAACCCUGUGAUUUACAGAGUGUUCACAAAACUUUCUGUACAAUUAAAACCAUAACAUAUGUAUUUAGAUUCAUAGAGGUAUCCUCAAAUCAUUCAAAACUAAGGUGGGUGGGAAAGGAAAGGGAGGAGUUGAGGAAGUGGGGAGGAAAGGGAUAGUAGGGGAAAUAUA